GUUGUCUAAUUCUAGACCAAGUUUAUUGCAGAAAAUCAAACAAAAUAAGCAAAACAGCACAGAAUUAAGCUAAAUACUGGCCUAAAAUGUGGCAAAAUACUGACAUCCAUUAGGGAAAUUCGUUAGGCGGAAAUAUAGGAAAAUGCUCAAGAUGUUUAUUCUUCUGCGCCCCACACACUGGCUGGUACUCAUCGCCCUUUGCAUUCUGACCUGCGCUGGCUAUUGGUUGCUCUGGUCUGAAAUACGCCUGGAAAAUGCCUUCAAGCCGCUGACCAAAGGAACGGAGGGUGGCAGUGCACUGGAGCAAUCUUUGGGUGUUCCUGUUGCGACCGCCGCUGUGGACAGCUUCGACUACGAGGAGCAGCUGGUGGUGCUCUACAACCGUGUGCCAAAGACGGGCUCGACCAGUUUCGUCAACAUAGCUUACGAUCUGUGCAAACUCAACAAAUACCACGUGCUGCACAUUAACGUCACUGCCAAUAUGCAUGUUCUGUCGCUUCCAAAUCAGAUCGCCUUUGUGCGAAAUGUCUCCAAGUGGCACGAGAUGAAGCCGGCGCUCUACCACGGUCAUAUGGCGUUUUUGGAUUUCUCCAAAUUCCAAAUAGCCCACAAACCCAUCUACAUAAAUCUCGUGCGUAAGCCACUGGACAGACUGGUCUCCUACUACUACUUCCUGCGCUUUGGCGACAACUAUCGACCGAAUUUAGUGCGCAAGAAGGCGGGCAAUAAAAUUACGUUCGAUGAGUGCGUGAUCCAGAAGCAAGCAGACUGUGAUCCCAAGAACAUGUGGCUGCAGAUACCCUUCUUUUGUGGCCACGCUGCCGAGUGCUGGGAACCCGGCAGCGAUUGGGCACUCGACCAGGCCAAGCGCAAUCUGGUCAACGAAUACUUUCUAGUCGGAGUCACCGAGCAAAUGUAUGAAUUUGUGGAUCUGCUGGAGAGAUCGCUACCCAGAAUCUUCCAUGGCUUUCGUGAGCACUAUCAAACCUCAAAUAAAUCUCAUUUACGCGUGACAUCCUCAAAGCAACCGCCCAGCGAGUCCACGAUCAAGAGCAUACAAAAGACCAAGAUCUGGCAAAUGGAGAACGAUCUCUACGAGUUUGCGCUGGCACAGUUCGAGUUUAACAAGAAGAAACUGAUGCAGCCGGACAACAAGCAUUUGCAGAAGUUCAUGUACGAGAAGAUACGACCAAAAUGAUCGCGCAGGCGCAGCAGGAGUCGCAGGCGUAUCAAGCCGACUUCCGUUGUGUAACAGUCCCUCCUCGGUCCGGUCCGGUGCUUGUGCUGUAAAUAUCCAAAUUAGAUUUGAUCUGUACUUAAAGCAAGUGAAACAAACGACUUUGUGAAAGACACUAAAGACUUAAGCAUUGAAUAUCGUUGACAUAUUAAUCCAACCCAUUUGUAUGUAAGCCUCAAAAAUCCCCCCACUCGAGAGCAGAGCGCUUUUCUAGUUGAUCGAUCGUAAGCAAUAUCUAGCAACAAUUGAAUGCACAAUAUCCAACUCAUUUAGUGAAAAUGUAACUUUUUAUACUCGACAAUACAAAGAUAAUUCGUAGUUGUAACCCACAGAGUCGGCAGUAGAUCGACUUCCCGUAGUUAGCCAUAAGUGUAACGAUAUUUGGAGCAACUCUCUCAUUAAUUGUAAUCUGUAAUCCUAAACUUAAGCUCUAAGGGCCACUCAAUUGUAUGAGGGUCCAUCUCUCUCCUCCCGAAUUUGACAUUCAAAUUAAAUGCAUGUAAAUAAUUGAUAACAA